GGUCCGAUGCCGCUAUUUCCCAGUGGGCUCCGCGGAGUUUGCUGAGUCAGCGCCCGGUUUUUUCCUGCUAGACGCUGCGCCAGGGAGGCCACGUGGCGAGCAUUUUGGUUCUCGCCCUCAGACGUGGGUGGACACGGGUGACUGAGACGGUAGGAGACGGGGAAACCAGGUGUUGGAGGACCUGAGGCCAGUCUGAGCUAGAGCGGAGUGGACGGAAGACGACUUCAGCUGCCUUAAUUCAAACAUUUGGGAAAUUUUGAUGUGGCCCAAACUCCCACGACAAGUGCACUUUCAGGAUACAUUUCGUAGCAGAUUCUUCAGGAUGAGCAUCAGAGCUCCCCGCAGACUCUUGGAACUGGCAGGUCAGAGCCUGCUCAGGAGUGAGGCCUUGGCCAUCGCUGCUCUGGAGGAGCUGCCCAUGGAGCUCUUUCCGCCGCUGUUCACAGCCGCCUUUGCCGGGGGACACAACGAGAUCCUGAAGGCGAUGGUCCAGGCUUGGCCCUUCGCCUGCCUCCCCCUGGGGGCCCUCAUGAGGGAGCAGCAGCCUCACCAGGAGACCUUCCAAGCUGCGCUAGAUGGACUCGAUGUCCUGCUUGCCCAGGAGGUUCGCCCCAGGAGGUGGAAACUGCAAGUGCUGGAUUUACGGAAGAAGGCUCGCCAGAACUUCUGGACCGUGUGGUCUGGAACCAGGACUGGUAUAUGCUCCUUCUUGGAGCCAGAGGAGGCCCCACCCAUGAGGAAGAGGCAGAAAGUGGAUGGUUCAAGGGUGGGGCUGAAGCAGCCCUUGGCUCCAGUGGAGGUGCUCAUAGACCUUUGCCUCAAGGAAGGCACCCCUGACGAGUCCCUCACCUAUCUCAUUAAGAAAGUCAAGCAGAGGAGAGGUUUGCUACAUCUGUGCUGUAAGAAGCUGAAGAUUUUUGCAAUGCCGUUGCAGAAUAUUAAGAAGAUCCUGAAAAUGGUGCAGCUGGACUCGAUCCAGGAUUUGGAAGUGAAUUGCACUUGGAAGCUGUCCACCCUGGGGCAGUUUGCUCCUCACCUGGGCCAGAUGGGCAGUCUGCGCAGGCUCCUUCUGUCCCACAUCCACAUGUCUUCCCACACUACCCAGGUGAAGGAGGAGCAGUGUGUCAGCCAGUUCACCUCGCAGUUCCUCAGUCUGCACCACCUCCAGGAGCUCUAUUUGGACUCGAUCUCCUUCCUUGAAGGCCGCCUGGACCAGUUGCUCAGGUGCCUGAGGACCCCCUUGGAGACCCUGUCAAUAACUAACUGCCUGCUUUCGGAAUUAGACUUGACACAUCUGUCCCAGUGCCCGAACGUCAGUCAGCUGAAGGACCUGGAUCUCAGCGGGGUCAGCCUGACCUGUAUGAGUGCUGAGCCCCUUCAAGUUCUAAUAGAGAGAGCCUCCGCCACCCUCCAGGAUCUGGACUUAGAUGAGUGUGGGAUCAUGGACUCCCAGUUCAGUGCCAUCCUGCCUGCCCUGAGCCGCUGCUCCCAGCUCACGAUCUUCAGCUUCUGUGGAAACCCCAUCUCCAUGGCCGUUCUGGAGAACCUGCUGCGCCACACCAUCGGGCUGAGCAAGCUGAGUCACGUGCUGUACCCCGCCCCCCUGGAGAGUUAUGAGGACGUCUACGGCACCCUCCAUCUGGGCAUCCUGGCUCAUCUCCACGCCAGGCUGAAGCAGAUGCUGCAGGAGCUGGGACGGCCCAACAUGGUCUGGUUCAGUGCCAACCCCUGUCCUCACUGUGGCGACAGGACCUUCUAUGACCCGGAGCCCAUUCGGUGCCCCUGUUACCUGCCUGCCUAGCUGGGUGCACAUAUCAUAGGCUUUAUUCUGGGCACUUGGACGCUGAAGCCCAGACAUAAGUGCCUCUUGAAGUAACACAGAAGCCACAAUUUCAAAUAGCUUCUCAAUGUGAGCAGGGGAAAAGGAAGAGUGAUUCAGAGUUGGGGGAUAUUGCGUUGGGAGUUGAUGGGAUCUUUGGGGAGAUGCGUCUUAUUGAGUUAGAAAUAUGAAUCUGAAUUUCUAGGGGGAAAUUCUGGUUUGGGAAGUAGAUGUGGGAGUUAACCCUGCAUGGAUGGUUGUAAAGAAAUGGUCAGA